AUGGAGUUGACGGCAAGGGGCAAAGUGAAACCCGAAACCACAGUCAAAUGGGUUGAUCCCGAGCAUUUCACUAUUACAAUGUAUCAUGGUGGUUGGAUGGUUAAGCAUUUGGGUUAUAUGGAUGGGAUCAUUUUGUAUCAUUAUAAGCUACAUGGGUCAUCAAAUGCAAUGACCUUGCUGCAAUUUGAUGACAAUCCACUAGCUAUUAUACCAAGUGGAAAUGGAUCAAGAUCUGCUACAAUAGAUGAGGAGCCAUAUGAGUUUGAUGUAGGAUGUAGUGCUCCUCCAACGACUCAAGGUUCAAAAAGCAAAGCAGUGGUAAGGGAUGCAAACAAUAAGGCUAGAAAAGGGAGAAAUGUUUUAGUUGACAGUAAGAAGAGAAAAAAAAUAGUAAAGGAAACAUUCACACUAGAAGGAAUUGUUCUUCAAAAGAAAAGAAAUGAGUGA